UGCCACAGCACACCUGGUUACGGCCAAACAAACGUCCAGACGACCGACCUCUGGAGUGUUUAAAUGUUCUGUGCGUCGUUAAAAACACCAACAUCGAUUACACGAAUUCUAGAAAAGGUUCCGAUAUGCGGCCAUUAUCAGUCAGGGACCAAACAGCAAUAUCAGUGUAUCUAAGAGGCUUGGAAUACAAGAGACAGUUGGCUGUCCAGUGCCAUCAGACGACUGGGUGUUCACGACUCGUACACAUUUACGGACUAACGAUCAAAACAAAUAAGGAUUCCAACCAUGGGCUGUGGCAGUAGUUCUGAGGUGAGGGCUAUAUCACCGAACAGUAGACAGGUUUAUAACAACAAUGAUACCGCCAUCAAGCAAAGACAACAGCAUCAAGGACAACAACAACAGCAUCAUCCAAAUAGAGUAGAGAAUAAAAACGACCAUCAGGAGGAGCAGCAACAGGCUGUCUCACUCCAACAACAACAACAGCAACAACAACAACAACAACAACAACAACAACAACAACAACAACAACAACAACAACAACAACAACAGGCAGCAUUAGCUCAACAACAACAGCAGGCAGCAUUAAUUCAACAACAACAACAACAACAAGUUAUUCAACAAGAACAACAGGCAGCAUUAAUUCAACAACAUGCGGCAUUAAUUCAACAACAACAACAACAACAACAACAACAACAACAACAACAACAACAACAACAACGACAACAAGAUAUUCAACAUGAACCACCGAGUCCCGGCGAGUCGACUCCGGAGGAGACGUUAGACCAAGCCCGAGACCGUCUGGCAGUGUACGGGCAGUACAACAGGGGCUAUACUGUCAAGCAGAUAUCAGCAAUCAACCAGGAAAACGGCCAGAGUGUGCUCUUUAUCUGGGGAAAAUUCGUCCAUCUCACAGCAGCAUUCAAAGACAUCAUAGAACCAGAAGUGUCAGCUCGGCAGGCUGAGCUCGAGCAAGACUGCCCAGGACUGUUCGAAGAAGAUAUGCUAAUACACUUGCGCCAAAAGUCGGCAGUACAUCCGGUUAGCAUAAUCUAUCGAAUUGGAAUCAAAAUGUCAACAAUUCUAAGGUAUGUUCCCAGGUGUAAAGUGGCAACACUUGUCGUACUGGAUAAAAAGGACUACUGGUCCGAUGUUCGGACUGACGCGGAAGGGGUGGCCGAGGAGAUUCGAACUUAUGAACACAUCAACACGUACCAAACUGAGUACCUCGAAGUUCUUGAACGAUUUUUAGAAUUAUAUGAACAGUCAGGAGGGUAUGUUCCUUUGGGUCCUCCACAAGCGGAGGGAGACCCCAACAUGUGGGCCUAUCCACUACCUAAAUCUGUGGCGGCAGACCCCGAGUCGUUACGGCGCUGGGCGGAGACGUGGGAGGUAUUUGACUUUGUGGUGCCAGAUGAUGGUGCUUGGGGCUGGCAUGGCUUUGACAAUCUAGUGUUUUCUGACAUAAAGGAGUGUGUUGAUUUCCCCGAACAGCUCAGAGCACAAGAAAAUGGCGACGAAGAGCUUCCGGAAUUCAAUACUGAAGUAGAAGGGGAAGUCGCAUGGGAGGUCAUAGAGGUAGAUUUAUUUAAAAAUGACGUCACAACGGAAGGACAAGACGAGAUAUGGGCCGAACGAGAAACCCGUUCAGAUUUCGAUAACCCGGACAGAAUGAAAAAGAGGAGAAAGAAGUUAGAGAAGUACUUUAUUGUUAAGUACGAAUGGGAUUUCAUCGGCUCUCGAUGGUUACCGUGAAUGGGCAGAUACAUUACAGACAGGAUGGCAAAAAUUUCAGGCACUCUGUGACAAUUAACGAUUCAAACGAGAUAUUGGGGUCUGUGUCCUGCAAUACUCAAGGCAGCCCUAUCAAUCUCGGCCUCGCAAUGUCACGGGCUGACUUACAUGAAGCACAGGGUAUCAUUGUAUCUUUCAUGGUGUACACGUCAUUUUUGACCCGUAGCAGAAAAAUCGGUACCUCUGACUGCAGAACAAUGCCUUCUCUCGGUGAACGGGAGGAGUAUCUGAGUCAUUCGGAAUCAGUUUAUCGUCUACAUGAGACGACGACUCUCGUGUCAUUCAAGCACAUGUCCUCAAUGUUCGACUGAAGACAUUGGUAGCAAACCAGGCCAAUCCAACAUAUUAAUCAUUUGAACCCAGUUGUUCAAACGGAUGAUUAGCCUAUUUAAUAAGUUAACAACAAUUUUACAAUCUUAAUAAAAUCUUUUCUGGUAAAAUUAACUUCACAAAAUGUCCGACUACGAAACCAAUAUGGCUUUAGUAUGGCGAUUGUAACAUAAUACCAAUAAUAUAUAAAUAUUUAUCUGGUGUUCAAAUCUAUACCACAUCACUAAAUUGUUAUACUGAACAAUGGGAAUGUCAAGGUCCGUAACUCACAAAAGUAGCUGCCAAUGGCGGACAGACAGUGGUGCAGCUAGUUCAUGUAAAAUGAAGAUUAUAAAAUGCAUAUCGGUGUAGAUUUGGUAUAGCCAAAAUCAAAGGACCGAUAAAUAUGGGCAAAUUAGACAAACAUGCUGCAUGUAUAUGGUGCUAAUUACCGCCCAGCUGCGUGCCAAUUAUUAAUUUGUUGUUAUUGUUAAGAGUAAGGUACACGCGUAUGAACAUGUUGUUAAGCUGGAGCGUCUGUCCAACUGUGUCCAGUGGUUUGAAAUUAAUCUCUAUGAAGACAACAGACAUGGUGUAAUAGUUAUGUGUUGUACUAAAACUCGUUCUGUCGCCAAUAAUCACUUCAAACGAGUAAUUAUAUUGUUUUACUCUUGGAAGUCUAUAUCAUUUUCAUCAUGUUUUGUUCGGCCUUGGGUCAGAAUCCCUCUUGGGUACUUGCUGAUUAUCCUUGUUUACAUUCUGGAUAGUUCCAGUAUAGGGCUAUAAGUUUAUCGGUUUGCUUCGUUAGUGAAUACUGUCGAACCACAGGGGUUUGACACAUUCCUAAGACCUGGGCUUGUUUUUUUCCAUUUCGGGUCAUCAUAGGACAUGUCAAGCCCCCUGUGUGUCGAGCCCGUGCUGGUCUACCAUAGCCUUCUAGAAAUGGUCAGCUUUUCCAUUCAAAAAUGAUUUACAAGUACAUGUAAAGACAAAAGAGAAUAGAACAUUUAAGCAGUUUUUUCACGUGCAAUAAAUUACUUUCACUAACCUGGUUGCAAAUUUCAUUAUUUAUAGUAAAUUUAUAAUGAUUAUUUUGUAUGAUUAUAACGUCUGCGAAGAAAAUAUAAAUAUAUUAUUUUCUUUAAAUUGUUCAUGUUCCUUCUUUCCAUAUUAUCUGCCUAUGCCAACACAUUUUCCCGUACAUCUGUUAGUGUUCCGGGGGAUCUUUUAAUUUUCCCUGUUUUCUGAUCUCGGUAUCUGUAUUGUAUAUUGUUUUUCGGCAUAGCCGUAUAAUAUUCUUUUGGCCCCGCUCACUCUUUCAAAGGCCUGGUCGUAUCAUUUCCCUGUAUUCUACAGGAGUGCCUGUGUAAUGUUAUUUUAUGUUUUCUUCAUAAAAUAUCCUCUUUUAUCGGCUUAAAUUACGAUGUCAUGUGAUUUCACCAAAACAAUUGUUACUUUAUGAUACUGAUUAAAGCAAUAUGGAUUAGGAAAUGUUUUUGUUGGUUUUUGUCACCUCCAUUGAGCCUUUUCUAAAUAAACCAUUAAACGAAA